AUGGGCGUCGGCGCCCCCAAAGGCUCUCUUAGGGGUCCUCACACGGACGGUGGCGUACCCGGGGGCCCUUUAGGGCCCUGUCAAAAGCGGUGGCGCCCCAGGGACCUUUCCAGGGGCGGUGGCGCCCACAGAGGCCCUACCAGGGGCAUCUGCCACCAGGGCCCCAUCCAGGGGCGGUGGCGCCCUCAGGGGCCUUCUCAGGGGCGCUGGCGCCCAGGCUAUCACAGGAGCCGUGGCACCCCCAGGGAGCCUUCCAGGGGCGGUGGCGCCGCCACGGGCCCCCCAAUGGGCAACAACGCCCCAAUGGGCCCUCCUAGAGGCAACAGCACCUCCAGUGGACCUCCCAGAGGCGGUGGCGCUCCCAGGGGCCCUUACAGGUGCUGUGGCCCCCCAGUGUUCUCCAAGGGUCAGCGCCCCUGGGAAACUCCCAGGGGCAGUGGUGCCCCAGGGUCUCCUAGGGGCAGCAGAGUCUCCCAAGGGCCUUUCCAGGGCGUGACCUCCAGGGCCCACCUGGGCGACGGCACCAAUAGGGAAUUUCUGAGAAAGCCCCCAGGGGCCUUUCCAGCAGCAGUUGUGCCCUCAGCGGCGUUCCAGGAACAGCGGCGCCUUCAAGGAACCUCCCAGGGGCGGUGUCCUCCCAUCGACGGUGCUCAGGGUCCUCCAAGGGCCCUGCUAGUGCAUUGGCACCCCAGGGGCUAUCCUAUGGCCGAUGGAACCCCCAGGAGCCCUUCCAGAGGCGGUGGCGCCCCUAAGGCCUCUCCAGGGGUGGUGACGCCUCAGGGGACCUCCGAGGGCGACGGCACCCCUAGGGGGCCUUAG